CUCGACCCUCCACAUUACCGUGAUUCAGUUUGUGUAUUUUGUGUUGUGUUGGGUCGCAGUUUCUGAUCGUAGUAAAAAACUAUUGGUUAUUGUUGUCUUUCAUGAAUAACUGAAGGAAGAGAAUACAUCAAAUUAUCGGUGUUGAUGAUACCUGGACAUGUUGACAACUGCUGUUGACACCUGCCGUUGACACCUGCCGUUGACACCUGCGCUCCAAAUUAGCCGCAUGAGUUGAUUGUCCUCUGUGGAAGUUGCCCCUUUUUAAGAUAAGAAAACUAAUUUGACAAUAGAAAAAAAAAUAUGUUAAAUUAAACAGUGAAAUUUAGUAAAAAUUUUAUAGUGUGAAUACCUCGUCCUGCGCCUGUGUGUUUAGUGUGGCGCCAAACAUUGUGACGCACGGAAACACUCAGAGUCGCACGUCAUAAGAAAGUGUCGACGCUCCAUUACCCUGCCUGCACUGUGUUGAUGCCAGAAACCCGGAAAAUAUUCUCCACCUAACACUGUUGAAGGAUUGUGGUGUUGACGAGGUGCGGGGAGGUGAAAGUAGCGGGUGUGUGUGUGUCUGUGUGUCUGUGUGUGUGUGUGUGUGUGUGUGUGUGUGUGUGUGUGUGUGUGUGUGUGUGUGUGUGUGUGUGUGUGUGUGUGUGGGGCGCUUGAUGACCUCUUCACCAUGAUAGCCACUCGACUUACUUAAGGAAGUUGAUGGAGAGAAGCCAACAUGCAGAUGGGUCGAAUACUAUGGUGCUGCAGCUGACAAGUUGCAGAUGUUGUCAGGAGGCCCCCUUUUCUAACAUCAGGCUGGCCUCUGUAGUUUUAAAAGUUUAAAAGUGCCAAAAUUAAAGAUAGACAUAGAACAGUAAACAAAUCAGAGUGGGCCACUGUGGAAAGGGGAGGCCAGGCCAUAUUUGUAGUGGGUUGGGCCACAGUAUGGACUCUGCGCGGCUGCCUACUGACACGCGCAACAUCCCCCACAUGCAGCUCUUCCACCAUUUGAAGCAGAAAUUCCCUGAUCUGAAGGACAAUGAUGUCAAUGAAAGUAUUCAAAAGUAUGGACUUGACCGUGAACGUUGUGAGGAGGAGUUAUCUCAGAAGACCCAAAUCCACCAUGGUGGUUACUAUGGUCCUUGGGGUCGCUCCGGCAGCGGACUAUCAUCGCCCUCAAUGUCACGAGUUACCUCACCUAUCAGAACAGGCAUACCGUCCACGCCUACCACACCUGUUCUUACUACCACAACCACUCCCACAACUCAGAUGUCGCACCACUCCACUGCAACACAUCAUGUGUUUGGGCCAUUGCAGUCCAGUGGCUACCUAGUAUACAGUUAUGGCCCUGGGCCAGUUUAUACAUCUCCCACCACUACUGCUUUAACUACCAGCCCUGUAUUUUAUCAACCUCCAAUCAAUAAUCCAGUAGGUUACGGGUGGCACCCUUCUGUCUCCAAUGGAUUUCGUGCAGCUGGUGUACAACCACCCACAAGACAGUUACAAGGGAGCUGUAGUAGACAAGAUACUCCAUAUUGCUCCCAUGAAGCUUCCAAGUCUCGAUCCAGCACACCAGUUCUACCUAACUCAGCCCCAGUUGUACCCAAUUCAUAUGACCCAUUUAUCGGUUAUGAAAACAAAGGCCCCCCAGAACGUCGUAAAAGUGCAGAAACACAUUAUGAAGGAAGAAGAGGACUUCCAUUUAAUAUGCAAGAAUUUGAACAACAGUUUGAAAGAUUGAAUGACAGUCCACAUCAUUCCCCAACUCCCCCAUUAAACAAUAUCAUAAAUUCUCCAUCUCCAACAGCAACAACUACUACAACGAUCACCACCACUACGAGCAACUGUAUAAACCCCAACAACAUCAAUGGCAGCAGUAGCAGUCGACCUCCACCAGCACUGGUACAAGAGCAGAUUGUACGCAAGCAAAAGCUUGAGGCUGAACUAGCAAAACAAAUAGAGGAGAAAGGCAGAUUAGAGACAGAGGUGGAUAUGAUGAUGCGUGAAUUAAAUGAACGAGAGCAGCAACGCAAGCAUAACGCUGACACUAACACUAUGAGAAUCGAGGAAGUACAACGGGAGAAUCAGCGAUUACAAUCUGAAUGUUAUGAAAUGGAAAAUAAAAUUUUACGCCUUGCACCAGACAUGGAACCAGAAGGAUACCCAAACAUACCCUCCACCCAACCUUACAGUGAAGUUCCUGCAGCCUCUCAACUAACUAGAGCAAGUUCUGGUUCAAGUUUGGGCAGUGGAACAGGCACACCUCAGACUCCACACACGCCCCACACACCGCACACGCCUCACACACCCCACACGCCCCACACACCUCACUUGCCUGGGGCUUACAUACCUCCUAGACCUGCCGCCCCUCCCCCACCACCACCACCAACAUCAGUCCCCAAUCAUAGUUACCAAGAAUUUCAGGGAGUGCGUGGGGAAGCAGUGGAUGAGAUUGGUCCAAAGUGGGGAUGUACCAAAUGCACCUUCAUCAAUCAUCCAGAUAUGAACAAGUGCGAGAUGUGCGACUAUCCACGCUUCACCAUAGGUACGGCUCCCUCCCAUCAUGCAGCUCUCCCCCCAAACCACCAGGGCCUAUGCUACUGUCACCGUCAUCAUACUCCAGGUUCUGUUGCAGGUUCCAUAGGGGCAGCUGCAGCUUACUCACCUCAGGGUUCCUGCUCCUCUCUUCCGCUUUCUAAUGACAAACCAAGCCUAGCUAACAUUCUAAAGGAAAAGCUAAUUGGGAUGCGUGAUCGUUCGGAUAGUGUAUGACGGGUUCUUAGCUAGUCCUUAGUCCUGUAGUGCUAUUUGAGCAUUUUUUCUAUUAACAGUACUUAAUUUUACUAAUUAAAGUCUGCUUUAUAUGAUAUGUUCCAUACAUUAGUGCACUUACUGUAUGAGGUAUAAUUUUUUUUGCCCCCGGUCAGUUGACAAAAAAGAAAAUACAACUUGUUUAGGAAGUUAUCAUAUUGUUAUAGAAAAUUAUAAGGGAAUAUUUUUAGUAGGACGGGUAUCGUCCUGGGUGUACACUUCAUUGGCCGGGGUUUUGAAUCCCCCAUCAGCGGGUUUAAGGUUGACAAGCUAGUUCAUUGUGUUUAGAACCUGUGUGUCAAGAAGUUUGAUGUGUCUAAAAAAGCCAUAAAAGUCAGAGUAAUUCUACCUCAAAUCUCAAGAAUUUUAAUCAUACACCAAAGAUUCAAGUGAUGGGGAAAUAUCUCCAAAUCAUGGGAAUUAUUGUACAUGUUUAAGGUCAGGGUUUCAUAGUUGACAUGACAGUGAAUCAUAGGCCAAUGCAGUAUAAGAAAUUAGUACAUCCAAAAAAGUGCAAAAGUCAGUGGAACAUAUUGUGUAUUACAGUCUGUCAAAUAUAUAUAUCUCAGAAUUAUGACAAUAUUUAUAUAUUGUACACAUAUAUAUACUGUAUAUAUAUUAUAUAGCAAUAAGUUAUGUUUAGAUGACUAACCACUUAAAACACUGACUGUUUGGUGAGUGUGGUUUUGAAAGGUUGGGUUUGCUUGCUUUUUCAAUGUUACAAUAACAAAGGCAUUUUGAAAUUAAACUUUCCUUCUUUUUUUUUCUUGAAGUUGCAAGGGAAAAACUCAAUGACAUGUACUACUCCCUUAUCUGGUCAUGGGUUUGCAGCUGUUUCUCUUUCAUGCUGUCUUGUCAUACUCAACACUCAUUGCCUGGUAUUGUAGUGUUGUCCUGCAUUUUGUAUCUUCUACUAACAUUAUAUACAUAGGGAAAGUUAACACCAAAAUUUAAGUUAUUUUUUGUUGUAUUUUAUAAACCUUUAGUGUUAUGUGAUAUUAUAUGAAAAGUCAUGAUUUAAUUAUGUAGGAUUAAAUUCAAUCAAAAUUUUAGUUUUGUUACUAUUAACAUUGGAUUAUUUCUGAUAUUGAUGAGAUGAAAUGGAAUUCAUUAUAAAGCCUGUUUGGUAAGAUGAUUCACAUACCUGGAGAGAAUAAGGAGACAAUAUAGGUGAGUUCCAGUGUUUACUAAUAAUGAUUAUCAUUGAAAUAAACAUUGCUCAAUUGCCAAUUAUGUGCAAUAGUGUACUAUGAAGUGGUUUUCAUAUGCCUUAAACAUUUGGUUAAUUACAUUAAUGUUUUCCCCACAUAUGCAUUUCCAUAUUAGACCACGGUAUGAGUAACACAUUCAAAAACUCAUUAUAUCUCUCUAAGAUUACCAAUUUAUGUUCACAUAGUACUGCCAUUAUUCUAGCUCCUUCCUUAUUACCUUUUACUUUUCUGGUAAUGGUUUUUAGAGCUAUGCUUAGUGUCUUCCUUCUUGGGACAAUUGCAAAUGAUUUUUGCUUCAUUUAUGUGACAGCCAAAUCUGAUAACAUGUUUUCCAAUGAAUAAUAUUGUUGGUGGGUUAUUGAUUUUGAAGGUAUGGAGAUGAUUGCCACAAUUGGUUAGGACACAAAAUCCCUCUUCCCCCCCAUAUUCAGAGAGUAUUACUUUAAGUAACCAUUCCCUUGCUUAAGAAAUGUUUUAUAGUGGUAGAUCUUAUAAUGAUGAAAUGACAUUACAGCAAUAGAAUUACAGAAUCAUCUUUCCAGGAAGAUUUGGGCAAAUUAUUCCUCUUAAUAUUUCCUCUGUGGACACUGAACCACUUGCCUAUUGAACUUUUAUUUUGUACCAGAAUUAGCAUCACCUUUAAGGUUCAGGGAUGAAGAAUGAGAUCAUCAAAAGUAAAAUCAAGAAGUUGAUACUGUAAAUUGUGUAUUUGGGUGGAGCAGUCUUGGAAAAUGGGAGACCAGAGGUAGAGAUGAGAAGAAUACGUAUGGGCUAUAAAAUGGAAGAGGGUGGUAAGAGUUAUGGAGGAUGGGAAGAUCAGAUUAAUUCUGGAGGGGAAUGUGUUCAGCAGUUGAUUCCACCCCACCUCAAUGGAAUAGACUAGAUAUGAUCGAGCAACAGCAGCAGUGGCUGCAGGUACAGUAUAUGAGAACUGGAUGAGAAUGGUAGCAGGAGUGAAGAGACAGGAUAGAAGAUAGAAUGAGUUAUGAGGGGGAGAGUGGAGUGGUAAGGUCUUUUGACAUAUAAGCUAAUGAGGUUAUACUGAGGUGGAUAGAUCAUGUACAGUGAUUUGAGGAGGGAAAGCUGGUGAGAAUAAGUGAAUGGAGGGAUAGUUAUAGAAGAGAGGAAAGCCUAGAUAAGAGAUAGGAGGAAUGUGUUAGGAAGUACUUGUAAGGCUUGCAUUUCAUUUCUUUAAAUUGCAGAUGAUCCUAUAUUCAACAAACAAAUGCUUUUCAGAGCUGGUAUAAAAUAAGUCUGUUAAAUGCAUAGUGAAUGCUGUGGUACCAUCUGUUUGUAAUUAGAGCAGUUCAUUAAAUUUAUCUGAAAGUCGUUUAAGGACAUUUUAAGUUUUGUGCAUCCAUGUGCUCUGGGAAGUUUGAGACACCUCCAACAUUGCCUUUAGUUGGUUUCAGAAUUUGUAUGAAAAUAUACUGCUAGAGUACAAUAAACCUGUGGAUUAAGA